AUGAGGGACUCGUCCAGCCGAAGUCGGCGCCGCCAUCUACCAUCCCGACGCAGUCCGCUGUCUUGGUAUCUUCUAUCCCGCGGCCGAAGGCGACAUCGUCGUCCUCAUCGUCAGUCCGUCGCGGACUGGCACCACUCCGUUCGCCAUCUCGCCGUGAACGUAGCCGCCGGUCGGAAGUUUGAAGGAGAGAGGAACCAGCAGGGGGAACUCGCUAAUAAACUCCACCCCACAUAUACGCUUCCUAUUUCCGGCCGCAUUGUUGCUUCCAAAACCCCUAAAUUGCAUCCCAACCACGUCUCCACCUUCGGCGAUUCUAUUGACCGGAUGUGUUGUGCAUAG